AUGAGAAAAUCACUUGGUGCCUUUGAAAAGAUAAGUCCUUCCAAUACCAGCAAGUGUGAAGAAUGUAUCCAAGAGCCAAGAAGAAAGGAAGUAAUCGAAAUAGUUCAAUCUUUAAAAAAAAGUGGAGUUAUCCUCAACUCACAACCUAACAUCGAUAAUAUCAUCGUCCCUCGAAUCAAAGAAUCAACAAUCAAAUCAACCACUAUAGCUAUUAUCGACACACGCCCACCAGAAGUUGAUAUCAUCUUGAAAAAUGAAAAAAAUCAACCUUGCACCCACUCAAUGACAUGUUCUGAAAUUCACAAGCUCAAUAAUGGUACAACAAAUUGCAUAUGUGCAAUUUUCCAUAGCCCAACAGCAAAGGAUGCAAUCUCAAAUGGUCUCAAAGGACUUAUUAGCUCAAAAAUAAUCAUCAUGGAUGACCAACAAUUCCAACAAGGUGUAGACUCAUUGAGAGGUUUAAAGUUGGAUGAAAUAGCAGCAAAUUGGGAAAUCCAAGUCAAAUGUUCAUGUGGAGAAUCAUUCACCCUUUAUUAUUGCAAUUUUAGAAUUUUUGAAAAGCUAAAAAAAUUAUUCGAUGGAUGCAAAUGUCGCCAGGAUACCACAUCUUCACCUUCAUGGAGAAACACCUUUCUUGACAACAUCAAAUUCCUCCAAUCGAUUGGAGUCGAAUCAAAUGUAGUUGAAAUUGAAAAUAGAUUGAAGAAAAGUAAGUCUCAAUUUGAAUUCAAUUCACUUGAACCAAGCAUCAAUAUCAAGUACAAGAAUAUAUCUAAUUACAUUGGAAAUUCAGAGCUAUAUACUGAGAAACGAUUCACCAAAUUUUUGAAUGGUUUACACCAAUGGUUAGACUGCAUGGAAAAAGGAAAAGACAAUCAAACGAUUAGAAAAACAAAGGAAUUAAUCGAAAUGGGAGUUGUAUCUUCUUCAUGUCUUAAUCAAGUCAUUAAUGAUUCUUCUAAAAAAAAGAUUACCCUCAUAUUGGAUGCUUGUCUCCGCGAAAUCACAAUGGUCCUUGGAAAACAACCCAUCAACGAAGUUAUUUUAAAACUUGUGUGCGAUGAAUGUUCACCCAGCGAUCUAGUGCUUAAUGGAUUCCAAAACUAUAUUCGAACAAAGAAAGGAAUUUCAACCAAUGAAAUACAGGCAAUUGAAAGAAUUGUCAAAUCAAAUCACCCUUUUGAGGAAUUAAUCCUUAUAGACGGUAGAACUAUUUAUGGCAAAACAUUUGCCAAUAAUCAUUAA